AUGACUAGAGGACAUCAAAAGGAAGCAGCUAGAGCUAGAGCCGCUAAAGAGGCUGACAAACAUAAGGGUGGAAAGAGUCAAUUAUCCGCUCGUGCCGCAGGUAACCAGAUGAAGUGCCCCAAGUGCCUUACUCCAGUGGCAAACUAUAAACUAAUUCAACAGCAUAUGGAGGCUAAGCAUCCCAAAGAGACCAUUCCACCUGAAGAAGACUUUGCUUAA